GCUACAUUGUAUUUCGUACCGUGACCUUUGAAUUCUGAACUGAUCAUUUUGCAGUAACGGAUACACGUUGUUCCGCACUCAUGUGCCGCUCACAGAUGUCCUCACUGCCCUUCUUGACCCGGAUACACUAGAAACGUUCGGAACCAGUCAAAUGCCGCUCAUGUUUCAAGGCACCGGGCAAUUUGCGGUACGGGUCGAUCCAAAAACUCAGGCAGAAAAGGCGUUUGACUUAGCAUCAAAGGGUCAGACCGGCGGAUGGAAACAGAAAAAUCGCAAAUGGAUUCUGCGGAUGACGACAAUUUUCAGACUCACACUUUCAUCUUUCGGGAUUUUAUCAAUAAGUCGGAUCGAAAUUUUGGCCGAAUCAUUGUAUUCGAAGUGGCAGAUUGUAAAGCGAUGGAUUUGACAGGCCAAUUUGUUCUUAUUAUUUACUAUUGGAACAACAACGCCACACCACAUCAGCUUCCGGUCGGCAAGCAGUAUCAGGCGCGUUCAAUCGGUAAAAGCGUCAAAAAAAUUAUCAGCGACUCUCAUCAUGGAAAAGCUCCUAGCGCAUCGGCUGUGUAUCACCAGGCAGCAACAACAUGCACCACGCCAGAAGAUAUCGUGUUCAGUCCAUAUUACCGGAAUAGCGGUGGCAAACGGUUCGUUUCUUAUGUGCGGGGACUGGAAACAGUAAAGCGCUGUGGCAAACUGGACAUGAGCGGUCUGGCCGGAAAUCCUGACGUUUUUGCAUGCGAGUUUGAAUCCGAAGGUGCCAAGGUCAACUACAUCGUCUGCACGCCCUAUUUGCUGUCGCUAAUUGCUCAAAAUGCUCACAAUCCCAUUCAAAUCAAUGUCACCUUUAAAAUGUCCAACUACUACAUUUUAACGACAACGGUCAUGGUCGAUGCCGUUGUGAAUCGGCGAACCGGAUCAAAAACCUUUAUUUCCGGCCCAGUUAUGUUCACACAGUCCCAAACGGAAGCAUCUUACGCCCAAAUGGCCGAGUUUAUUGCUGCGCGUCUCCAGGAGCAUGGAUGGGAUUUGAAGAAAAAGUAGUUUUCGUUUAUUACUGACGGCGAAAAGCCUCUGAUCAGUGCAUUUGAAAAAGCAUUUCCAUUAAGCUGCCACACGCUGUGUGUUAUCCACGUGAGGCGGAAUAUAAAGCGGCAAUUGCAGAAGUUGAUCCGUUUGCGAAC